CGGUCGCGACGCCAAGGGCCGGCUGCUCCCGGAGCCCGACGCGGAGGGCGGCGACCGCCGGUCCGGGCCCGGCCUGAGCGACCCCGACAUCGUCAAGUCCCCUAGCGACCCCAAGCAGUACAGGUACAUCAAAUUGCAAAAUGGAUUAAGUGCACUGUUGAUUUCGGAUUUAAAUAACAUGGACGGUGCUCCUUCUGCACUGUCUUCAGAAGAGGAGGAUGAUGAUGAAUCAGAAGAUGAAAGUGAUGAGGAUGACUCUGGGGCAGAAAUUGAAGAUGACAAGGAGGAUUAUGAUGAUGAGGACUGUGAUGAUGAGGAAGAAGAGGAAGAAGGUGAAAAUGAUGAUGGAGAGGAACUCAAUGACCCUGACAGUGAAUUGGAAGAACUAGCAGAAAAGGAAGAGACAAGAAAGAGGGGCUGUACAGAAAAGCAGUCUGCAGCUGCCCUUUGUGUUGCUGUUGGUAGCUUCUCUGAUCCUGAAGAUCUGCCUGGAUUAGCACACUUUCUGGAGCACAUGGUAUUUAUGGGCAGUUUGAAGUAUCCAGAUGAGAAUGGCUUUGAUGCAUUUCUGAAAAAACAUGGGGGCAGUGACAAUGCUUCCACUGACUGUGAAAGGACUGUCUUUCAAUUUGAUGUACAGAGGAAAUACUUCAAAGAAGCUCUUGACAGGUGGGCACAGUUCUUCAUUCACCCAUUAAUGAUCAGAGAUGCAAUUGACCGGGAAGUUGAGGCUGUGGACAGUGAGUAUCAGCUAGCAAGGCCCUCUGAUUCAAACAGAAAAGAGAUGUUAUUUGGAAGCCUUGCCAGACCUGGGCAUCCUAUGAAGAAAUUCUUUUGGGGUAAUGCAGAAACUCUCAAACAUGAGCCCAAAAUGAAUAAUAUUGAUACCUAUACCAGGCUGAGGGAGUUCUGGCAGCGCUAUUACUCUGCUCACUACAUGACUUUGGUUGUCCAGUCCAAAGAAACUCUAGAUACUUUGGAAAAAUGGGUGACAGAAAUAUUCUCGGAGAUCCCAAAUAAUGGUUUUUCCAAACCAAACUUUGGCCAUCUGGCGCAACCAUUUGACACACCAGAAUUUCACAAACUUUACAGAGUUGUUCCGAUCAGAAAAAUUCAUUCACUGAGCAUCACCUGGGCACUUCCCCCUCAGGAACAGCAUUACAGGGUGAAGCCACUUCAUUACAUUUCAUGGCUGGUAGGACAUGAAGGCAAAGGCAGUGUUCUUUCCUUUCUUAGGAAAAAGUUUUGGGCUCUUGCAUUGUAUGGAGGAAAUGGUGAGACAGGAUUUGAACAGAAUUCCACCUACUCUGUAUUCAGCAUUUCUGUUACUUUGACUGAUGAAGGCUACAAGCACUUUUAUGAGGUUGCACAUGUUGUGUUUCAGUACCUGAAGAUGUUACAGAAAAGAGGGCCAGAUAAGAGAAUUUGGGAAGAGAUACAGAAGAUUGAAGCUAACGAAUUUCAUUAUCAAGAACAGACUGAUCCUGUUGAUUAUGUGGAAAGCCUUUGUGAAAAUAUGCAGUUGUUUCAGAAGGAGGACUUCCUGACAGGGGACCAGCUUCUGUUUGAAUACAAGCCUGAAAUCAUUGCUGAUGCCCUUAACCAGCUUUACCCACAGGGAGCCAACCUUGUUCUGUUGUCUGCUGCCAAUGAAGGACAGUGUCAUUUAAAGGAGAAAUGGUUUGGCACACAAUACAGUGUGGAAGAUGUUGACAAAUACUGGAGUGAUCUAUGGGCUAGUGACUUCGAGUUAAAUGAGGAUUUGCACCUUCCUGAAGAAAACAAAUACAUAGCCACUGAUUUUGCUCUGAAGGCACCCGACUGCCCUGAGACAGAAUAUCCAGUCAAAAUACUGAGCACGCAGCAAGGCUGUCUGUGGUACAGGAAGGAUGAUAAAUUCAAAAUUCCCAAAGCGUACGUACGUUUCCAUCUGAUCUCUCCACUGAUACAGCAGUCAGCAGAAAAUGUUGUGCUGUUUGAUACAUUUGUAAACAUCCUUUCCCACAACCUUGCUGAACCUGCAUAUGAAGCGGAUGUGGCUCAACUGGAAUACAAGCUGGUAGCUGGAGAGCAUGGUUUGAUCAUUCGAGUGAAAGGAUUUAAUCACAAACUACCUCUGCUGUUUCAGCUAAUCAUUGACCACUUGUCAGACUUCAGUUUUACUCCAGCAGUUUUUGAAAUGAUAACGGAGCAGCUGAAAAAAACUUAUUUUAAUGUCCUCAUCAAACCAGAGACGCUGGCCAAAGAUGUGCGUCUCUUGAUUUUGGAGCACGGCAGAUGGUCUAUGAUAGAUAAAUACGAGACUCUUAUGAAAGGCCUUUCCAUUGAAUUGCUCUCAGCCUUUGUCAAGGCUUUCAAGUCCCAGCUCUUUGUAGAGGGUCUUGUACAAGGAAACUUCACAAGCCGAGAGUCAAAGGACUUUUUGAAUUAUGUUGUUCAAAAGCUGCAGUUUGUUCCACUCGCACACCCAUGCCCUGUCCAGUUCCGGGUGGUGGACCUGCCAAACACGCACCUGCUGUGUAAGGUGAAAACCCUUAACAAAGGUGAUGCCAACUCAGAAGUGACAGUCUACUAUCAGUCUGGGGCUAGGAGUUUAAGAGAAUACACCCUCAUGGAGCUGCUUGUGAUGCACAUGGAGGAGCCUUGCUUUGACUUCCUGCGAACCAAGCAAACCCUUGGCUAUCACGUGUACCCUACCUGCAGAAAUACUUCAGGCAUCCUUGGCUUCUCUGUUACUGUGGCAACACAAGCAACUAAGUACAAUUCUGAAUUGGUUGACAAGAAGAUAGAAGAAUUUCUUUCCUGCUUUGAAGAAAAGAUUAAGCAUUUAAGUGAUGAAGCUUUCAGCACUCAGGUCACAGCUCUAAUAAAGCUGAAAGAAUGUGAAGAUUCCCAUUUGGGGGAAGAAGUGGACAGGAACUGGAAUGAAGUCGUGACUCAGCAGUAUCUUUUUGACAGGCUUGCUCGUGAGAUUGAAGCGCUGAAGUCUCUUACCAAAUCAGAUCUGGUUGCCUGGUUCCAGGCUCACAGAAAGAGUGAGAGGAAAGUGCUCAGUGUUCAUGUGGUUGGAUUUGGAAAACAUGAAGGGGACUCAGAAGUGACGGCUGUCUCUGAGCCUCAGAACUCUUCAUGUGAUGAAAUACCUCAGCUAACUUUCUUACCCGCAUCCUCCUUGAUGGCUAACAUCACUUGUAUCAAGGACAUCAAAGCUUACACAUCCACUCUGACUGUUCUCCCGUACCAUAAAAUAUUAAAAUAAAUGUCCUCUUCCCCUGCA